AAGAUGGCCUAUCAAAAGGUGAAUGCAGAUCAGAGAGCCCCUGGACAUUCUCAGUACUUGGACAAUGAUGACCUGCAGGCCACUGCCCUUGACCUGGAAUGGGACAUGGAACAGGAGUUGGAGGAGCCUGGUUUUGACCGUUUCCAGCUUGACAGGGCUGAAAACCAGAACCUGGAGAAUUCAGAUGCUGCAGACCUAGAUCUUGAUUCCAUUCAGCCAGCCACAUCCCCCAAAGGAAGAUUCCAGAGACUUCAGGAGGACUCAGACUAUGUGAGCCGUUAUCCAAGAACGACACCAAAGAACAGCCACUGUAAUAUUUUCCGCUUCUCCAAAAUCUUUUGCACUCUGACCUUCUUAUUUAUUUUGGGAAUUGUGAUUGGAUAUUAUGCACAUACAAAAUGCCCUUCCCAGGAUCCACCUCCAGGACAAUCUGAUCCUCAGCUGUACCAAGAGAUCCUCAAGGAGAUCAAAGCAGAAGAUAUCCAGAAGCUUUUCAGGUGA